AUGUCCUACAAAUCCAAUCCACCACAAAAGAACAACCAGGGAACAACACAUCUGGACAGGAAUUCCGGAAGUGACGAUAUGUCUGACAUGAAGAUACCGGACGGUGGCUAUGGAUGGGUGAUAGUGGGCGCGAGCUUCUUUAAUUUGUUCUGCCUGGAUGGACUUAUUGGGAUAUAUGGUCUCCUGUAUCCAGAGCUUCUCCUUCAUUUUGGGGCCGACCCUGCCUUCACUGCUCUUCCUGGCUCCCUCGUGGUAGGAAUGUGUUGCUUUCUAGGUCCCGUUUGCAGUAAGUUGAUCCGAAGGUUUGGUGUCCGUCUGGUGUCAGUUUUGGGGGCCUUUGUAACGUGUGCUGGACUUUUAUGUAGUUACGCCAGCCCUUCCAUGACGGUGCUGUUUUUCACCCAUGGCAUCCUCACAGGAACUGGAUGUAGCCUGUUCUAUUUGCCAUCUGUCACUUUGGUUAACACCUAUUUUGACAGGAAGCGUGGAAUUGCGCAAGGCAUCAUUACUGCCGGAAGUGGGCUAGGUGUCAUUGUCCUAUCGCCACUGACAAAGUUUUUGAUUGGUUAUUAUGGUUGGAGAGCAACUAUUUUAUUGUGGGCGGGCUUCGUUCUAAAUAUAUGUGUCUCCGGUUUACUAAUGCGCCCUCUCCCUCCUCCUACACAGGGAGAUAACAACAGACACAACAACAGGAGUAAAUUGAAUACAAAACAUCACGAUCAUUUAAGUAAGGAACAGGAAGAAUGUUUACGGUCGUUUUUAUCUCUGCAUGAAAAUAAAAGCAUACAUAAUGAAGGCAUCCAGGACAGAAUGGCACAAAAUCAGUUCAUUUACGUUGGUAAUGCUGAUCUUUCAAGUACCCGCAGUCUUCCGCAUCGCAACAUAGACAGAACUGAAAUUCAACAGGACCGUCUUGGUCUGUAUCGAUCUCUUCAGUGUAUUCAACAAGCCAAACAUAAUCGACACGAACAGAGGUCAGAAUAUGGAAAUAACAUAUUUGACAGAAAAGACAUUUUUCUGACAGGAAGUACAAGCAUGUUGAAAUCAUACGUGUCCAAUAAAUCCGUUCAAUCAAUUCGUAUUGAGAAAAGUGAACCAACAGAACCUGAAAUUGUGUCGUGUGUGAUAUCAGAUAGUGACGUAAGCCACGGCUUGUGUAGAGGAUCGUGUAAACCGUUUACCAAGGAUCCAGCUUUUCUCCUUCUUGUGGCGGGUUGUGCUCUUGCUCAGAUGGCGCAACACAUUCCAAUGACAUUCAUGGCCCAAUACAGUGAACUCAUUGGACUAGACGGUCAGGACAUCGCUACACUCUUCAUUCUCUUUGGUGUGGUGAAUAUGGCGGGCAGACUCGGGAGCGGACUGCUGGCUUCGAUCCGGAUGUUCAGUCCACUCUUUGUCUGUAACUUUGGCACUUUCGCCUGUGCUGUAGCUUGUUUCCUGUUUUGGUUGUGUACAACAUUUGAGACACUAGUAGUUUUUAUUUCAGUCUACGGAUUCUUUGUCGGUUUCUCCUGCCCCACACAACCACUGAUUACAGUAGAAUACGUUGGAUUGGACAAUCUCACAUUAGCGUAUGGUCUCAUCACCAUGGCUAAAGGGCCUGCCGCCAUGGCAGGUCCACCAAUGGCUGGUAGCUUGUACCAACUCACACAAAAGUACACUAACUCCAUAAUAUUUGCUGGUGGUCCUCUCCUGCUCGCGGCAGCUGUCAUGUCACUCAUGCCGUUUGUAGGAAAGCGUCGUCUUGAUGCACUAGACAUAUCAGACACUGUAGUAUCGCCAUCCACCUUGGAUAUAACGGACGUAACUUCCGGCGAACAGGGAAAACAGUUAUGACGUCAUUUGUACUUAGACAGGGGUUUAUUUUAUAUUGCAUAGAAUCUAGCAUUUUCCUGGUUUCGUGAAUUGCCCUGAUGUUUUUGAACAAUUUUCUAGUUUCUCU